AUGUCGACGAUACUACCAACAGCGACCAACGGUACCAAUGCAACAAAUGGAACAUCUUCCCUCACAGCAAAUCCUUUACCGAUUGCGCCACCGAUGACUCCAGCCUUGGCCAUUGGAGGCGUUCUACUGAUCAUCGCAGGGCUAGCUUUAUGUUUCGUCGGGAUCAAACACAAUGCCGUUCAAAUCUUCAUCAGCACCACGCUCCUCUUGACUUUGGCCAUUGAGGUCCUUAUCAUCUACGUCAUGAACCCUCCAAUCACGGACGCAGUCCAAGGCGCCUACCUCGUGGCCGGCGUGAUCCCGGGUCUGAUCGGAGGUGGCGUGGCGAUCAUUUUCAAGGAAAUGUCCGAGGGUGCGGGAUGUUUCCUCGGAGGGUUCUGCUUCGCCAUGUGGCUGUUGUGUCUCGCUCCUGGCGGGUUGAUCGCUGACAAAGUCGGCCGGAUUGUCUUGCUGCUCGUCUUUGCGGUGGUGGCCUGGAUCACCAACUGGAGCCGUUAUACGCGCAGCUAUGGAAUUAUCGUGUGCACCGCUUUUGCUGGAUCGUCUGCGUUCAUACUGGGCGUGGACUGCUUGAGUCGUGUCGGUCUGAAAGAGUUCUGGAUGUAUAUUUGGGAUCUCAAUCCGAAUGUUUUCCCACUCGACACAGAUACCUACCCAAUCACACGCAACAUACAAGCAGAACAAGCU